CCAUGGCCCCAUCUCUCUCUCUCUCUCUCUCUAACACGCGCGCACUCAAACAGUUUCUCCUCCUUCCCUCCCUCUGUCUACCAGAAAAAAAAGCUAGGGUUUUGAAAUCGAAAUCAGACGACAAUGCGCACGUCGGUCUCCACACAGCCGCCGGCGUCAAACGAGAACGGCACCGUCUCGCAACUCAUUUGGCGGCUAAAAUCAUCGUUCCGCCCCCGAGACUUCGAAAGGGUCAUACAGACCCUCACCACUCGCGACGAAGCCGCCAGAAGAGACGCCUGCUACUGGAAGACCCAGCACGACUCCAUGGAGAAGAAACACGGCGAGGAGGCGCUUGCAAAGCUGGUCGCGUUCGACGAGCGAGACAAGCUCAGGCGAGAGCGCGACCUUCUCAAAGACCAGGUCGCACGCGCGGAGAACGAGCAACACGCGUCAAUCGAACGGCUCGAGAGGGAACAGAAUGGUAGGAUUGCUAGGCUUAAGGAGGAUCAGAAGGCGGGAAGGGAGCGGGAGAAGAAUUGGGAGGAGAAAUACGCGAGGCUGCGGCGGGAUUCUAAUGAGGUGAAGUUGGGGAAGGCGGAGUUGCAACGUAGGGUUUCGUCGUUGGAGUCGGAGAAGGAGAAGGCGGAGCGGGAGUUGGAGGAGUGUAAGAGCCGAUUAGCGGAGUUGCAACGUAGGGUUUCGUCGUUGGAGUCCGAGAAGGAGAAGGCGGAGCGGGAGUUGGAGGAGUGUAAGAGCCGAUUCGAGGAGUUGAACCGGAGGACAGCGCGGUUGGAGGAGGACACGGCCGUGUUGAUGAGCGCGGGCCCAGCCGUGGCUGAGGUGGCGGCCGAGAUGACUGGCGUUGCUGCUGCUGAGUUGGCGUUGGAUGGUCGGGAAGGGCGAAGUGGGAAUCAAAAUUUAACCGAGUUACUGGUGAAAGAGGAAUUAAACUGUGGUGAAAUAGCCAAUUCGUUGCGAGGUGGAGGCGGCUCUGCUGUUGGUUCCGUGAAGGUUGGAAGAAGUAGUCAUCGGGAGGAUGGAUCUAUGGUUAUCAUCGAGAUUGCUGAUAGUGAUGAUGAGAUGCCCACUAGAAAAAGAGUUUUAUCCAAGGAUGAUGAUGAGGACGUGAGACCAACUAAGAAGCCUCUCCCAAAGUUCCUUGAAGAGUUGACGGACAUGCCCGAUGGUUCAGAUUCUUCUGACAGUGGAGACAGCUCCAGUUCUGGUUCUGAUAUCGACAGCAAGAGGGAGAUUGCAAGGCUCUGUAGAAAGGUGUCUGGAAUAAACUAUGGGCAGUUAAAGCUGAAAUGAUUUCGGCAUUAAAUAGGGAGCCUGAACUCUGCAUGAAUUCUGUUUGUGCUCUUCAUCGGAAGUUUUGUAAGGUUGAAUAGUUGGUGGCUCUUCGUUGAUCAUGAAUCGAGGGCUUAACUAGUGUGAUGCACUCAGGUAUGACUAGCAGAAGCUAGUUUAUUGUUGUUUCUUUUAGUAAUCAUCAGGAAAAAGUAAAUUUAUAGAUUACUGGGCUAUAAAAUACCCACCACCUAGCACAUGAAGGAUAGCGUCAUACCGGUGAAUUGUCUACUUCUAUGGGCAUGGCCUCCUUCUUACCUUCGGAAGAUAGAAGGAUAAAAUGUACUUAGAGACUAGAGUAUCCGGUGGUAUGAGGGAUCUUCUACUUUUUUGUUCUUUCCUUUCAUGUUUUUACAUUCAAUAUGUAUGUUUCUAUGUAUUGGUGAUUUCUUCUAGUUCUUGAGUUUGCACAGUAUGGUAAUCUUUAAAUUGUUACUACGGGCCUAUAGACAAUAUUAAUAAUUUGUCUGUCUUGGAAGGCUAAUUUAUUAUAUGUACUAGCACAAAUACUUCUGCGGUGGUUUUGAAGAGGGUUUAAUAGCUGGGGAGGAAAACAAUGGAAAACAAAAAAAAUAUUUUAAUUGAUGAACAUGGUUUAUACACCUAGUGAAAUCUAUUUUUGAAGGGGGGUUUUAUAUAUUAAGUAUGAUGUUUCACUUGUAGAUAUGCCCACAUUGAUGGUUGGUUUAUUCGGUGCCAACAUCAUCACCGUGGCUCCAUCAUAACACAGGAACUUCCCGUUUUAAACACUGUUAUCAGUUUCUAAUGAGAGAAAUGGGUUCAUGCGCUUCUGUAGCUAUGUAGUCCGUCAUAAUGAAACUUUUGAGAUAAAGAUGGGGGUUGUUCUUCAAGCUGGCAUGGAAGCUCUGCUAAAGACCUUCUUUCUUGUAGAAAAGAGAGAGCAGAAACUCAUAUACUGGUAAGAAUUGGAUUUCUUGUUAGUCUCUAUUUAUUGGUGGUGAUUUUUCUUUCUAGGAGAAUGAAAAUAUCACUUUCUGUCAAGGAGCACCACAACUUCUGAACCCGAAACCAGCAGAAAGUUUUUGUGCUUGGUUUCCCGGAUUGCUUGUUCUAGUUUAACAUGGUCUCCUGGAGGUUAAUAUGUAACCUUUGUUCUAGUUUAACAUGGUCUCCUGGAGGUUAAUGUGUAACCUUUGUUCUCUGUGUUCCUGGCGUACCCUAAACGCCUGUCCAGUGUGAACGGUGAAUUCUGUAGACUAAGAUGUCUGAUCUAAUCAGCCAAUUAGGGGACAAAUGUUGAAAAUAGUUUGUGCAGAGAUGCUAUCUAUUUUUCACAUGUCCUAAAUAGCAGAAGUUUGUGGUAUUACAACCUAAUUUGAUCUCAUGCUCUCUCUCAGUGCGUGCGU